GGGAUGGCGUUUCGGGACUCCCUACCCGAUUCCGCUAGAGCCUCCACUUCCUGACCAUAGAUAUGUCAGGGAUCCUGAUUCGCCACCGCCUCCGGUUGAGUAUGUGGACGAGAUUCUCGGGGUGAUGGCCUCGCUUGAGGGCAUGGUCCUUCGGAGAGAGACACAUCUAUCCGCUAUGGGUGCGCAGAUACCUCCUGUAUAUGCUCCGCCGCGGGCCGGGCCACCUGGGUCCCCUUGGGGAGCUGGGCCAUUUGGGUCUUCUUACGGAGCUGGGCCAUCUGGGCCUUCUCAGGGAGCUGGGCCAUCCAGGCCUUUCCGAGGAGCUAGGCCAUCCAGGCCUUUUCGCGGAGCUCGAGGAGGGCCUGUCCGCAGACGCAGGGCUCACGUUGUAGAGGCGGAGCCUGAUGAGGAGGAGGAGGAGGAGGAGGCCACAGAUCGUCAGUCCGAGACGUCUGCCGAGGAGGAGGGCUCCGGUCUUGGUCCGGGGAGUGGGGACGAGGCUGAGGGGAAUCCUGAGGACGACGGUUCUGACCCAGAUGAUGAUGAUAGUGCAGAGGCUGUCCCGCAAAAGAGGAUGAGGAGUGCUUCUCAUUCCCGCUCCCGAAGACAUUGAUGCUGCCAUUUCCUGCUUUAUUUUCCUUUUUGCUAGUAGUUUGUAGCACUUUGCACAUUGUU